UGCGUCACAUCCGCUUUUGAAGCGCUCAUGCGUCAGUGAAUGCGGCGCUAAAGAAAAGGAGGCGAGUAGCAGUGUUUCGCUUCGCUUGAGAACAUAUUAUUAGCUAGCUAACUAAAUACAUUUGUUAAUUAUCUAUCCUUUAAGUUUCUAUCGACAAGAUAUGAGCGACAACGGGAAGGAUUUUGGCGAGCGGGUGCGUAUAAUCAACUACGAACUACCGAAGAUCUAUUCUUGCUCUAAAAUGAGCAGACUCAACGACGCCAUUUUCCCUAGACUAGGCGGCUAACGUUAGUUAGCACAACCAUGCUGUAGCUAAGAACAUUGAUUUGCAUCGACUGUAUGGAUUUAUUCAGGCAGCCAGUAUUAAUUUGUACCGUUUAUAUUUUCAAAUGUAAUGUCCAUUUACCCAUUUAUGUUAACAUUGGCGUCUUUUUAUUCAGUAUAUUUUGCAACUUAAAGCUAGCAUAUUUGUUAGCCCAAUCAGGCCAAGUGGUUUGCAGCUGUUGUAGCUAGUAGUUCACGUUAAGUACAUUUAGAUUUUACGAGUCUACUGAGACUGCUGGCGAGAAACCUAUGCCAAUGUACAUUUACUAACAAUGUAAUGAUUUCAUCAUUGCAGGUGAAUGUAAUCUAUAAAUAACUAGAACGUUUAACUUCGUCCUCACUUACUGCCGCAGUCUCACUUAGUUAACUACAGAUUGUACGCCAGAUAAUGUGAUAUAACAAAAAGUGGUGGAUAAAUGAUGGUUCUCCCAUAGACACCAAUAGACGGGUUGGUUGUUUAGCGACAAAACUGACGCGUGCGCAACUAUGGUGUAAAAUGUGUCUAUCGACAUAUCUGUAGACAGUUGUUGUAGUGACAUCAUGAACAUCCUAUUGUAGUCUGACAUCAAACUUGUUGUCAUUAUGAAAAAGUAUAAACACAAAAAUGACAGGCUGCAUGACAUCAGCUGCCUGGUGGUCCAAAAAAUCAUAACUGCUGUAUUUCAACACCAGUAAACCCAUCUGUAUAAAAAUGUAUACAUUAUAUUUCAAUCUAGCAAACCAGGCAACUAUAAGCAACUGUCUAAACAAGGUUUUUGUUAGUUUCUAGCAUGUUAGCUAGCUGGCUAGCCAGUUCAAAUAAUGACCAUAUCAUAGCUGACAAUGUCUUUAAAUAAAGCACAUUUUUAUUCAUUAUUUAGGGUGUACACACAUACAAUUAUUUCAUUCAAUGUUUAUAAAAAAUAUAUUAAUUCAAUAGAGAAUUGCAUCAAUAGUCCAAACCCUAUGUUUCUACUAUAUAUCGUUCACAACUUAGACUAUUUACUCAGAGAAUUUAGCAUGAUUAGAGUGAAUAGAAUGCCAUUAUGGCCAUGGUCAAUUAACCUGUUCUUGGCGAUACUUUUUCCACUGACUCGAGAACGAAGAAAGUAUCACAAGAACUGGUUAGUUGAAAAAUCUAUGGUGGUGGUUUGUAUGGGGCUUUUCUCUCAUGACCAGUAAUGGACACCAAUAAUCUUGGGUUAUAUCACAUUAUCUGGCGUACAGUCUGUAGCUAUUCAUUAGCCAGUUAGAAUGUAUCAAGCUCUUCAACAUGGCACAACCCAUGUAAGAGUACUGUGUCUUUUCUAAAGUUGUUAGUCCUAUAUGUAGUUGCACUGAAAUGAUCCUUCUGCAAAAGCAUUUUUUUUAUAUAUCACACAUUAACAAAUGUUAUACUGAGUGGGGCAUUGAAAGAAGUAACUAACUUACUUUAAACCCUUACUCUUAUUUACUAUAGCAGUUCUUCAAUCUUGGUCCAAGGGCUUGAUGAACCAGGUGUGCUAGUACUGGGCUGGAACAAAAGCCUGCACUCCUUGUGUGACCCUCGGGCUAGGAUUAAAGAACACCAUGAUUUUAUAACUUUUCUAGUCUUCAUUCAUCAUAUUCUGAUGUUGUGCAUUUCAGAGAAAUCAAUAUAUAUAUAUAUUUCCUUAACCUUGCUUUGAUUUAAUGCUUUUCAGGUGAGACAACUUAUUUAGUCUGAUUUGAGUGUUACGAGCCUGGUUUUUGCACAUUUUGACCUCUGUAGCUCUUAUAAAAAACCAACACUUUUUAUCAUCCUUGUCUGUUUUUCGUUAAGGUUGAGUUGGGAAGAAGCAAAAAGGCGGAAGAAGUUUCAGAUAUGAAGUUUGAAGUUGUUAAAGGGCAUAUUUGAUGAAGCUGAUGGUGUUGAUGCAUGCUAAUGUAAAAUGAAGCUGGCAGAAGCGAGCGGCCGCGCUGUCCACUGGUAGUGAUGUAAUGGGAGGAAGGAAGUGGGGGAAGAGGAGAGAAAAAUGAAGUCAGAAAUGGUGUGAAACGGAAGAAAGAAGAAAAGAAAUGGUUGUUUUGAAGUUAUGAAGUUAAAGAAGUGAUGAAGUUAUGAGAAGUGUUCGGGGGUAUGGUUAAUUCCCUAUAGCCUGCUAUGUUAUUAUUACUACAAUCCUAUUUCUCUCUCCUUCUGUUUUCUAAAGCAGUGUUUCCCAAGCCAUCCCUCAAGGACCCCCAGUCAUUACACCGGGUUGUUCUAUUCCACCACUAGUACACCUGAUUCAACAAAUUCUCAAGCUCUUUCUCAAAUUGAAUCAGGUGUACUAAAACGGAAAUGUGCAACAGUUGGGGUCCCCCUGAGGGAUGGAGUGAGAAACACUUCUUAAGCAUGCAUGCCAACUGUUCCUCCAUCUCAGACACAUUACCUAGUCCUCAACACGCAAGGUUAAACUCUGCUACGCUGCCUAGAGUGUAAGAGAACAAUCCGCUCAUCAUAGAACUGUGUUAUGAUUAAACUAGAUUAACACCUCUACUUUAAGCCUAUAUGAUUUCCUCUGGUCGCCUGUAACAGGCAGAUCUAGUUACCACAAAUACCUGUCUUUAAUGAAAUGUUAUUUUUUUCUUAAACUACUGGGGCUCAAAUAUGAGGGGCCUGUAGCAGGUUUGAGCGAGGUUCCUUCUGUACCUCCUCUCUCUCUAUCCUGACCGUUUGUGUUUUGAUUCUGACCUGUGUUUAUGUGUAUCUGGCCCGUUCAGGACUCGCGGUCCGCUUCCAGGAGUGUGAGCCCAAGGGGUUCUGGGAAGUCUGCCAGCCGCUCUCCGGCCCAUUCCCCAGCCCGCUCCAAAGAUGGCUCCAGACACUCCCGGUCUAAGUCCCACUCCCGAUCCCGCUCCAAGUCCAGGUAAGAACCCCUACUCCAAGGAGGCUUUGAGUUUUGUGGUGACUCCUUUAGGAGCUGCUGGGUAGUGUAGUGUAGUGUGUAUUUUUGUUCAGGUCCACAUAAAGAGCUCGUAUUUUUUGUGUGUAAUGGGUUUAUUCAUGUUAUUUUUGUUUCUAAACUCUUUAAAUCAGGGAUCAUCCGCUAGAUUCUGCCGUGGGCUGAUUUUUCUUUCUUGAGCGGAUGGUCUGGGGGCCGGAACAAUAAUUACAAAUAAUUUGUAUACAUUUCUAUACGAUCACAUAUACCUCUAUUAUGUGUGGGAAUACUUUGGAACAGAUUUCCAAAAUAAAAAUCACUUGGAGCUGAUGUGCUGGUGUUUUUACAGUCUUAUGUUCAACAAUAAAACAUUACAAUAAUAAAAACACUUUAUUUUUACUUGGGGGGGGCAAAUAAAUUCAGCCACCAGUUGGUAACCCUGCUUUAAAUGUUUUUAACAUGUCUUUUAUUUUAUUUUCCCCAGGUCUCGUUCCCACAGAAGCUCCCGCAGGCAUUAUUCCCGCUCUCGCUCCCGUUCCCACCGCCGUCGUUCCCGUAGCCGUUCCCGAAGCGGGGAAUACCGCCGCCGUCGGAGCCACAGCCACUCCCCCAUGUCCAACCGCCGCAGGCACAUUGGCAACCGGGUACGUACACACACACCUCUGGAGACGAGACUCUCUUCGGCAAACCCCACACAUAACUUCUAUCCUUCUCACAAUCCUCCUCUAUAGGCCAACCCGGACCCUAACUGCUGCCUGGGCGUGUUUGGUCUGAGCCUGUACACCACAGAGAGAGACCUGAGAGAUGUGUUCUCCAAGUACGGCCCCCUGGCUGAUGUCAGCAUCGUCUACGACCAGCAGUCACGACGCUCCCGCGGCUUCGCCUUCGUCUACUUCGAAGUCCGAGAGGACGCCAAUGAGGUAGGAAUACAGGGAAGGAGGAUGGUUAUAUUGCAGGGGAAGAACAGAGAAUAAUCAGAACUUUUGAGUGAGUAUGGUGUUGAAGGGGAAAUACUAUUCUCUAAACGUCUUUAUUUCCCUCUCCUCCACCCUCCCUUUCUUGGUUUCAGGCUAAGGAGAGAGCUAAUGGAAUGGAGUUGGAUGGACGGAGGAUCAGGGUGGAUUUCUCCAUCACCAAACGACCACACACUCCUACCCCUGGGAUAUACAUGGGACGGCCCACAUAGUGAGUGACACUCUCUUAGACUCACAGAUCUGGGAUGGCCCAUGUGAUGCACACACGUUCUACAUUCAGUGAAUCCUCUAACCUCUGACCGUGUGUGUUUUCAAGUGGCGGUGGUGGCGGCAGCAGCAGCGGAGGCGGUGGUGGUGGUGGAGGAGGAAGUGGCGGCCCCAGCUCAAGCUCAUCUCGCCGUAGCUCGAGGGAUUGCGACCGCGGCGGUGACCGUGGUUACGACAGAGGCUACGACCGCGGCUACGAUCGCUAUGAAGACCGAGAGUGCUACAGGUCCUACAGGUGAGACACCUGGCCUGGAUCUUAUAGUUAGUGGUUGCUAAGCAGAACCGUGGCGGUUGGUUGGUGGAGGCUUAUUGUGUGUUGUCUCUCCAGACGCAGGUCUCCGUCCCCGUACUACAGCCGAGGGGCCUACCGGUCUCGCUCACGGUCGCGAUCUUACUCCCCA